AUGAAGCGAAAGUGGUACAGGGAGGAAGUGAGAGAUCAUUGCGUCAAAUGGGACACAAAGUAUUCAUUUACGUGCAAAAUGAGUGCCAACGCCAGCACUGGUAUAUUAGAGGCGUGUGUUCUUCGGGUCUCUGUCCGAAAGGAGUCGAAAGGCGGGCGUUCGUACCAUAAGCUGGGCUUUGCCGAUAUAAAUCUGGCUCAAUUCGCCGGCGCCGGACUCACAACCAAACGGUAUCUAUUGGAGGGAUACGACGCCAAACACAGGUCGGACAACAGCACACUCAGUGUGUCCAUUGAGAUGACACUACUGUCCGGCGAUCCCUGUUUUAAAGCGCCAUCAUUCUAUACCUCACUGUUCCAGACGAGCGACAAAUCAAAUGACCCUCAGCUGCAUUUGGAUAGAAAAGGUGAUGAUAAUAGUGCCGGUAGUGUUGCCAGUGGUGGCAGUUCCGGCUUCGGUAGUCUACCCCGUAAACAUCGGUCCUCUCUAUUAAGCUCAGAUUUAGUGGCGGGAGCUCUCGGCCAGGAUUGCAGCGAUGGGCCGACACAACCAACACAAACGACGCCUAAAACGCACAAAACGUUUGACAACAACGGCAUCGGUAGCUCAGUAUUAGCCGCCCCUACAGUGGCCGCCGCAGCACAGCCUCAACAGUCAACGGCCGCUGACCAGGAGUCGGGCCAUUCGCGUAACUCGAGUCAGGCGUCGCGCGUUUCCGGCUAUAAUAGUCUGCCGUCGCACAGCAGGCAGGGCCGUAUGGACAGCACACGGGUCAGCGCCGAUCGGCUCAUCAACGAACUCCUGGAGGCGACGAACCUCGAGGGCGACGGCGAGGACGAGGAGUGCAACGAAUCGGUCGGUCUCGAGCUGUUUGUCGGCAAAGACGGGUCCACAACACUGGGCACGAAGACGAAGUCACAGCCUCCCGGCGCUGCUCACCACCGAUCGGCCUUCGUAUCGAGCGCUGGCGUCCGCGGCGCCGGUGGCCGUAACGGUCGGGUUUGA